AUAACUUCCUUAUCCUAAUUUCCAAAAAUUAUGGAAUCCCUUCCCUCUAGUUCUUCCCACCACCACCAUCAGCACCGUCGUCGUCGUAUAACGCCAACUCAACCCCUCGCUGACCGAAUAUUCCGAGCACUCAGCAACCACCUCCGUCUCCUCCACCGUCGCGAUGCAACUUUUUACGUAUUAGGUGCAACGUGUAAUGUCUACACCGUGACUCUCACCACCACCCCUUCAUGCAGUUGCCCUGAUCGUACCACCCCAUGCAAACACAUAUUAUUUGUGCUCAUUAGGGUAUUGGGCGUAUCGAUUGAUGACAUGUGUCUGUAUCGACGGAGUCUACGGCCAUAUCAUCUUCAACGUCUUCUUAAUUUACCAAUUUCAACAGAAGCAUUAGCUACUUCAAAAGUACGUGAAAUGUUUCAUCAAUUGUUUUCUCAACAACCACAGAGGAGUUCACCUGUAAUAAUAAAGGUCGAAAAUGGGACGACGUGUCCGGUGUGUUUGGAAGAGAUGAAUGAAGAGGAAAUAUUAGCAGCUUGUGUUACAUGUAGAAACCCUAUUCAUGAAGAAUGUUUGAUGGCAUGGAAGAGAAGUAAUAGUAGAAGAAAAUCAAUUAGUUGUGUGCUUUGUCGUGCAAGGUGGAGAGAUGUGAGGAAUGAAUUAGAGGGAGAUAAGUAUUUGAAUUUAUCAUCAUAUAUUACUAGUAACGCGGAAAAUGAAAUGAGUGAAAAUCAUCAGAAUCUUUGUAUGGAUUAGUAUGCAGGGGCUCAGAAGUUCGAAGAAUUAAUCAAGAACAAUUGUAAAUUAAUUUAUCUUUUCUAUUUGUUAUGUAGAAUUUUCAAAAAUAUCGUCA